UCUGGCCAGUUUUCCUGUUUGCUGAUCUACUUUUGACAAGGUUCUCUGACAGUUGCUGCUGCUGCUUCAGCUACUAUAUAAAGCCACCAGUCGGCGGAGCACUUCAACACAAAUCAAUCGAUAAUCAAAUCAACAUGAAGUUCUUCCUUGCCUGUCUGCUGCUCGCCGCCUGCCUGGCUCUUGGCCAGAGCAGCGCCAUCGUUGGCACAAGUUAUGCCCACGUGCCUGUUGUCCGUAGCGUGCCCGUGGUUCGUCAUGUGCCCGUUGUUCGCCAUGUGCCCGUCGUCGAUUCCGUCGCCGUGCCCGUCGUCCACUCUGUGGUGCCCGUGCACCGUGCCGCCUACAUUUCAUCGCCAUCUCUGCUGCGCGUUGGACACGCCUACGAUGCUCCUCUCGCCUACGGCGGCUGGCUGAAGGAAAAGAAAUAAACUUACUCCAACUACCUGAAAACCUCGGGAAAUAAUACGCUUCAAGAUUCGUCCAAAAUAUCUGCAAUCAAUUUUUUUUUUAUUUUUUUUUAAAUGUAAUAUCCCAAUAAAUUCAAAAACUGUAAACUCAAACAUGAUAAGUGCCCAGAAACUUUGGAUGGACUGCAAC